UGACUCGAGUUUGUCGAGUUAAAAGACAAAAGUUAUGGAAUUCCUCGCACACUCCGAGAGACAGUUGGAGUGCGUUGACAGUGGUGAGGUGCCGGCAAGACGUGGAAGAUAGCUUGCUUGCACUCUGUUGCUAGAUAAUCGUCUUCGCGUGUUCUGUUCUCGGAGUUUGUGAGUUAACGCCAGUCUCUCGGUCGCGGUGUGGGUGUGUGUGUGUAUGUGCAUCGGUAUCAGUGAACGUGUGUGACCACCGCUGUGGAUUCUCAGGUAAAGCGUGCUUGCUAUUGCUAGCAUCAGUGUAUCUAGGCCAAGCAUGGGGCCGUUACACUUUGAUGCCAGUCCCGGCUAUUUUGCGUCGGUUCUGCUCGUUUUGACCUGUGUUUUGACUACUACGGUUCACGGCCAAAGUUCCAUGUCCGAGGAGAUGAUUGUUUUGGCAAACCGUGGCAUCGUUGUACCGUUGGGAAGGUCAGUUUACGUUUCGCCUGAUGACCUGCAAAUCCGAGUGCGGCCCAGUGACAAGUGCGUGGUCACUGUGCUAGAGAAUGACCCCUUGUCUCAGAGGCCGGGCAGACUCAUGCCGUCCAGCUUCCCGUGUAACUUUGGCGCUCAAGAUCUCAUUUACUCCCACUUUGGCUCGAGAAACCCACCCAAUGACGUGAUUCGCGUGCAGAUCCGUUAUGACACUUUCAGGGAGACGAUUCUCAUCCCACUGGCCAUUCACGUGGAGGUGUCGUUCAUGCAGCUGGAGGUGAUCGUCAGGAACAUGCCCAUCACCGUGGACAAACUGAUGGGCGUGAGUACUCCCAUAGACGAGAACCAUCUCGAGUUUGACUACGCACGAGGCCUGGAGCAGUGUAAGUUGUCCGUCCUGCCCAGAGAAAGCGGCCAGCCGAGGUACGGCUUUGUCAUGAACGACAGCUCCAUCCUGCAGAUGGUGGACUGCGACGACUUUCUCCGACUCGGAGUUCGCUACAAGCACAACGCCACCACCAACUCUCCCAACAAAGAUUACAUCCCUCUCGUCGUGGAGAUCAUCGACCCUGAAGGCCAAGUUGCCAAACGAGAGUAUUUCCAAAUGCUCGUUCGUAUUCUCGACGGAAAAGAAAACGAGCGGCCCAGCCCUGAGUUCAGCGCCAAGUUAAGCAUGGAGGUAGACCAGUUCGUGAUGACCGCUCUGACACCAGACGUUUUGGCCGCCGAAGACGUCGAAACUCCAUCAGAUUUUCUCAUUUUCAACAUCACGAAACCACUGGCUCCCGGAGAAGGGUACUUCGUGAGUACCGACGACAGGAACCAACUAAUCACCUCCUUCUAUCAGCGCGACAUAAGAGAUCUGAAGAUCGCGUACAAACCACCAGAGGAAGACUCCGAUGUGCGACGUGUCGUUUUCAUCGACAUGCAGGUCAUGGAUUCAGAUGGUGCGCUCUCCGACCCCUUUAUUCUGAUGGUCGUUGUGAAACCGAUGAACACCCUAGCCCCCGUAGUCACCACGAACCAAGGCAUCCAGCUGUUUGAGGGCCAGUCCAGAGCCCUGAGGGCGGACUCGAACUUCCGAGUUUCUGACGAAGAUAACUUAGAGAACGUCAGGAUCUCCGUCGCCAACGGCUUACGUCACGGAACUUUGACCAUCCCAGAGGGCCGUAAGUUCUUCACGCCGGCUGACUUGAGGGCCGGCUCUGUGGUGUACACUCACGACGACUCGGACUCUUACUCAGACAACAUUAUCUUCCGCAUGAACGACGGCGAGAACACUGUAGAGUUCCUCUUCCCCAUCUGGGUUUUCCCGGAGGAUGACGAGGCGCCACAGAUUCAGUAUAACACCAUGCUGGAGAUCAACAAACACGAUCUAGCGGAGAUUACGCCCUUCCUCCUCAGCGCCACGGAUGCUGAUACGGACGACGCGCUCAUCAGAUUUAUUUUAGAGCCACCUUACUCCGAAGAAGGAAUCUUCUUGAAGCGUCAAUUCCAAAUACCAGAAGACCCUGAUGACUGGCAGUUUACUGAAGGCGUUUACGAACAAAUUGUAGACGAAUUCACCCAGGGGGAUAUUGUGGACGGCAAAAUCUUCUACCAGCAUGUCGGCGAGCACCGCUCCGAUUUUAUUAUGGACAAUAUCAAAUUUUUCGUGGUGGACUCUGCUGACCCUCCCAACAGGUCCAACCAGACGACGUUUGUGGUCAAGAUCGCGCCAGUGGAUGACCAGUUGCCUUACGUGUACCCGAAUACGUCGCUGCACAUGGAUGUGGAGGAGUUUGAGAUGACAGAGUUUAAGCGGAGGUUUAUGCGUUAUACUGAUGACGACCAGGUACCACGUGACCACCCCACCCUUUGACACAGACUCCAACACUCCCAUGGAGUCUGGCAUCAUCACGUUCUGCGAGGACCCGGAUGUGCCAGUGAUGACCUUCACCCAGGCCCAGGUCAAUCACCGGAAGAUCUGCUACCAGCCGCCCACAGAGGAGCUCGGUGUCAUCCCCAGGAUUCUUCAGUUCGUUUAUGACGUCGAGGACUCCAACGGUAACCUGCUCAAGGACGAGAAGUUCACAAUUCUACUCCAGCCGUUGGACAACCAGCCGCCAGAAGUGACCAACGGAGGCGUGCAGGUGUUGGAGGGCGGCUUCACUGUCCUGAAUACAGAAAUGUUGGACGUGCAAGACCCAGACACGGAGGAGGAGAACCUCAUGUUUGUUGUCAUGGAGAUCCCAGCUCAUGGACAGAUCAAGAUGAAGGACGAGGUAAUGGAGGUUGGGGAUUUCUUCACCAGAAGCGACAUUCAAGACGGAAAUAUCGUCUACUACAACAACGGCGAGGAGAUCGGGGACGACAAGUUCAUGAUCGAUAUCUCGGACGGCAUCCACCAUGUCCCGGUCAAGUUCAAGGUGGGAAUUAAGGGCGUGGACGACGAGGUUCCCGCUCUUGUCGGCGUCCAAUCGGAAGUGUUGCGCAUUGUGCUGGAGGUGAAGGAGAACUCCGUGGCACCGUUGUCUCCCGAGAACAUCCGCGCCGUCGACCCGGACUCGGAUGACAUGUUGGUUAAGUUCACGGUAGAGAGAAAGCCUUACGAGGGCGUGCUGCUGAGAGGAACGGAGGAAACCAUCCAGUUCACUCAGUCCGACAUUGUGGCCGGUCUUAUAAUGUACGAGCACACAGGAGGGGAGAUAGGACUCACCGCACGUGACGACUAUUUCGAGCUGUCGCUCGCCGAUCCCAACAAGGAAAUCGUACGAGACGGAGACAAAAUCAACAAGAUUCUUGUGGAGGUUAAAAUAUUGCCUCAUGACAACGAGGCUCCUAUUGUCUCGGUCGAGGCUCCUUUUGAAGUCCUAGAGAGCGAGAAGGCCACCAUUUUCACCCGCCAUCUUGACGCUACUGAUGUGGAUACAGAAGAUGGUGACAUCUUGUGUCUAAUAAUAGCCCAGCCAAUGAACGGCUACCUUGAGAAUAUCUCCCCGGCCCCAGGAUCCGAAAAAUCUCGUGUGGGAAAACCCAUAUCAUCGUUCACUAUCAGAGACAUUCGGUCUGAGCACAUUAACUACGUACAGAGUCUUCACAAAGGAAUCGAACCCAGGGAGGAUUCCUUCAUCUUCCAUUGCUCUGACGGUCUCAACCAGUCCCCAGAUGUGAGGUUUGACAUAGAGAUUUAUCCGGCGAACGACGAAGAACCUGAAAUAUCUCUCAGAGAGUUUAUCGUUGUCGAGGGUGGUAAUCUGAGAAUUGAUUUGCCUAUUCUGAACGUUCUGGACAAAGACGAACCAGUGGAUCGGCUGACCUUUGUGAUUACAGAGCAGCCGAAACACGGCAAGAUCGUGAGACAGACUCGGGACGGAAGCUUCCGCAUCCAGAACUUCACCUUGGACGAUAUAUCUGGCGAUUCCACAAUCGAAUACGAGCAUGACGACAGUGAGACGACUUCGGAUGGGUUUGCCUUCUAUCUCAUCGAUGGAGCUCACAAUAUCUCCCGGACCGUCCCGAUCAAAGUCUACCCUCUAGAUGAUGAAACACCCCGGCUGACCAUCAAUAACGGACUGCAGAUCGAUACAGCAGGAGAAACGAAGUUAAUCACAAAUAAAAUGUUGAAGGCUGAGGAUCUUGACUCUAAUGACCCCGAUCUUAUGUAUUUUGUCCGCCUGAAGCCCAAACAUGGCUACUUGCGGAUGGAACUGAGCAGUGGAGGACACGUGAACAUCACGCAGGGAGGCAACUUUACUCAGAGAGAUAUUAACAAAAGGAGGAUCGAAUACGUCCACAACGGAAUCGAGGGAGUUCGAGACUUGAUCAAAUUCGAUAUCAGCGACGGUCUGAACUCUCUCAUCGACCGUUAUUUCUAUGUCACAGUAGAGGGCCUGGACAUGCUUUUCCCGCGCGUCAUCAACAAAGGCGUGGAGCUUCCUGAAGGCGGUAUGGUAGUUCUGACGACUGACCUACUUAGUGGUACCGACCUCAACACUCCGGACGAGUCCUUGACCUUCAUCGUGACCCGUGCCCCGGGUCGAGGUCAUCUUGAGACAUCCGACAUGCCCGGAGUGCCCAUCUCCACCUUCACACAACUCCAACUGGCGGGGAAUAAAAUCCGUUACGUCCACAACACUCAGGACGAAAUGAAGAUGGACAGUUUCGAGUUCGAGGUCACCGACGGGUACAACCCAGUCACCCGGACCUUCCGUAUAUCACUCAGUGACGUAGACAACAGGAAACCUGUCCUGAUGUUCCAGACGCUCCGACUCAAAGAAGGAGACAACAAACUCAUCACGCCGUUCGAGCUGAAAGCGGAAGACCGAGACACCCGCGCCGAGAAGGUGACCUUCACCGUCACGCAGGUCCCCAUCCACGGCCUUAUCUUGUUCAACACCUCCCGUGUCGUCACAGUUUUCACGCAAGAGGACCUCAACCAAAACCUCAUCAGCUACCAACACGACGGUUCAGAAACGGCCGAAGACAGUUUCUCCUUCACCGUAACGGACGGCACCCACUCAGAUUUCUUCGUCUAUCCUGACACCGAGCUGACAACCCGACGACCCCAGACGAUGGCCAUCGAGAUUCUGCCGAUAGACAACGGGAUCCCUCAGAUCAGCAUCAACCGAGGGGGGUCCUACUUGUCGGAGCUGGCAGGCGACCAUCUGGGAUUUCGCAUCGGGAGCCGGGCGCUGAGCACCGAGGAUCGAGACUCGGCUGAUGACAGUUUGCUGUAUUCCGUCAGUUCACAGCCCAAGUGGGGCUACCUUAUCAACAGGGCCAUCGGCAACCGCAGUAUCAGUAACUGGACGCAAGGUGAGAAUCUUUUCAGGAGCUAAGCGUUGUUUGCUUUCGACGUGUCAUUUGCAUCAUCAUCAUCUUCAUCAUCAUCAUGAUCAUCAUCAUCAUCAUCAUCAUCAUCAUCAUCAUCAUCAUCAUCAUCAUCAUCAUCAUCAUCACCGUUAACAAUAACACUAGUAACACACAUAUACCCAAGAACAGUUAUAUUAACAGCCUCCUUUUCCUCGUCCUCGUCCUCGUCGUCGUCGUCCUCCUCCUCCUCCUCCUCCCCUGUUUUUUUUAAAACUAACAUUUUCAUCGACUCUGUUGUCACCAUCUUCAAAAAGUAUAUCUCGUUCAUAACCUCUUCAUCAUCAUUAUCAUCAUCCGAAUAAGAUGAUGCAGAUGAUACACGAAAUUUAAGAACAAUAAUUAUAAAUUAUUAUAUCUCUUCGCUCGUGAACAUCCUAAAAGAAAAGAAAAAGGUAAAUAUUAACCUUUGAUCUCUUCACAGAUCAGCGAGGUUGUCCGAUCGUAAAUGCCCGUGGCGCUUUGUACAUACCUACGUGGCUGUUUAUGUCUUCUUUCUCGCACGCUCUACU